AUGCUGAAAGUGGCCGUUCGCGUUUGGAUGCUGUUUGUGGCCGUGUGGCUUCAGCUGGAGGCUGCUGCUGCUGCUGCAGGCAUGCUGAAGGUCGACGGGUCGCAGGACGGUGGCGGUGGCGGCAGCGACACCAUCAGCCACUCCCUGAUCCUGGUGCAGCGUCUGGAGGCUCUGCUGGCUCAAGGCAACGGCAGCGACGUGUCCCUGCGGGUGGAGACGCCCAACGCCGACGAGGUGAAGGUGAUCCAGGUCCACUCGUUGGUUCUGUCCCUGCAGAGCUCCGUGUUCGAGGAGAUGCUGCUGAACCGCAACACCAGCGUGAUGGUGCUGAGGGAAAACUCCGACUGCGCCGCCGUGUUCGACAGGUUCAUCAGGUAUCUGUACUGUGGAGAGAUCUCUCUGCGUCUGGAUCAGGCCAUCCCUCUGCACAAACUGGCCACUAAGUACCAGGUUCUGGGCCUGCAGCAGGGCAUCACCCAGUACAUGACCCAGAACCUGGCCAGGGACUCCCCGUCGGGCCACGUGGCGGGCUGGUACGAGUACGCCCUGCAGGCCGGCGACGUGACGCUGAGGGACAGCUGCCUGCAGUUCAUGGCCUGGAACCUUUCGUCGGUUCUGCAGAGCGGCGAGUGGGUCGCCAUCAGCAGCCAGCUGCUCAUGUCGCUGCUGCAGCGGUCCGAUCUCAUCCUGCAGAGUGAAGCCGAGCUGUUCGCCGCCCUGGAGGCCUGGAUCCUCCAGAACGAGCCGGACGGCCUGACGGCGGAGAACGCUUUGCGGGCGGUGCGCUACGCCAUGAUGACGCCUCGGGAGCUGUUCCGGCUGCAGACCCAGUCCUCGGUGUUGGCUCGGUACCAGGAGUCGGUGCGCGACCUGCUCUACAUGUCCUACCAGUUCCACUCCGCCUCGCCGCUGCAGAUGGCCAAAUACUUCGACGUCAACUGCAGCCUCUUCGUGCCGAGGAACUACCUGUCGCCCAUGUGGGGCUCGCCCUGGAUCAUCAACAACCCGACCCGGGACGACCGCAGCACCAGCUUCCAGACGCAGCUCGGGCCCAGCAGCCACGACGCCAGCAAGCGGGUCACCUGGAACGCCCUGUUCUCGCCGCGCUGGCUGCCGCUCAGCAUGAGGCCCAUGUACACCGAGACCGGCGCCAUGCAGCCGACCCGGGUGGAGGGAGGGCGGCCUCGCAUCAUCAUCACGCCGGCCACGUCCAGCGCCGACUUCGCCGGGGUGAACUUCCAGAAGACGGUGGUGGUGAUGGCGCAGCAGCAGGGGAAGGUGGUGGUGAGGCACGUCUACAACUUCCACCAGAGCACCGAGGAGAACGGAGACUUCCUGGCCGAGGCCGACCUGUACCGCCGGACGUCCGAGUACCUGCUGGACAGCUCGCUGCUGCUCCACGUGGUGGUGAAGCCGCUCUACCAAACCCUGAUCAGCACCAAGAACUGA